AUGGCUCUCAUCAACACCCUGCACGCUGCGUCGGCCAUGUCCUCCAUCAUCCAACCAUCCUUCGCCAUGACCAACCCCAAUCAGAAUCUCGUCCUGGCUGACUGCGGCAUUGGUACCAACCCACUCAACGAAUCUUGGUCCACCUCCCGCCAGAUGAACUGGUACAAGGGCCCCAUCUGGCCUUCUUCCGACGAGACUGGAUUCUUCUCCCCAGACAUGAUGGUCGAGAUGCCUUACGGCGAUGGCGAGUACCCCUGGAACUUCAAAGGUGCAUCUGCCACCUUUUCCAACGGCGAGACAUGGUCUGCCUGGAUCGAGGACGGCACACCCGAACCUCUCCGUGCCGGCAAAGCCAUGAGCACCAGGGAUGGUAGCACCACUCUCUGGUGCUACACCUACCGUGGGCGACCUGUCGGAGCCAGUGCAACCGGCUCCACAAGUUGCCAGUCUGCCUUCGUCUGCAACCACCGUGAGGAUGGCCCGACGCCUUGGUCUGUGGGCACCACUCCCGACAACGGCACUGUGUUCACCGUACCUCCUGCCCCUCCUGCCAAUGUGUCCUUCGGCGGCAUCUUGGGCGUCAAGGUCGACGUUAGCCCCCGUCCUGCUGUCUGGUAUGGUACCAUCAAUCACUUCCUCAGCAGCAUCAUCUUCACCACGGAGGGAAUCUGCAGCCCGAACCCCUUCGCCAAUCGCAUGAACUCGUCGGUCAUAACUCGAUGCAAAGGCUCUUAUGGCACUCCUCUCAACAUCCUGCCGGUCCUCUUCAACGUCUUUAAGAACCUUGGCUCUCUUCCUGCCUCCGAUGGUCUCUUCUUCCACAACCACGGAGCAGCCCCUUUUGCCAACGACACUUCUGAUGACACCGUCGUCCUCCCUACAACUUUCAACCUCACCGUCACCGACACCAUCAGUGGCGAGGUUAAGGGAUAUAUGGGUUACGAGAUGAUGUGGCCAGAGCGCAGUCUCGGAAUCCACUGCAACGAGUGCAACAAUACCAAGUUCAACGAUGCUUACAACUCAGCUAUCGCAUCUGCUUUCCAGGCUCUCCAUCCUAUCUACUCCGAGGUUAUCGUCGAGAGCCAAUGCACACACGAUGUUCUUUGCUGGUAA